GCUCUACCAACACACGGCAACAGUCUGGGCGCCGGCAUCGAGGCAACGGCGGAGGGAGCGAGCGAACGAACGAACGAACGAACGAACGAGGACUUACCGGAGCGUCCGAGAGCAGCAUGGCCGCCCCCGAGCCCGUCUCCUAGCAACGCCGUGACCCCUCAGUGACCCCCAGUCCACCCCUCCCAACCCCCAGUCCACCAGCUUAGUAUUGUGUUCACAGAGCAGGGCUUUGGUACCAUUGCAGCAUUCAGACCAAUAUUUUCUUUGAAAUAAUUCUAUUAUAUAUAUAUAUAUAUAUAGAUAUUUAUGUAUUUAAAUAGAUAAUAUAUUUGCAGCUAUGCAGCCUGCUUUGGGCACUUUUCCUACCUGGGAGGCUGCUGGAGCAGCAGAGAGUGGGGGAGAGAGGAGGAACUCUGCUGGGAGCCCCACUACCACCACCAGCCCUGUCACCUGCACCAGCAGCUCCCCUCUCAGUGCCAGCAGCCCCCUCCCCGAGCCAGAGGCCAACCCCACAGCAGAGCUCAGGGCCAGACCCAAGCCCCCUCAGACCUUCGACCUCCUGAGCCUGGUGGUGGCUUUCAAGAGACUGGAGCUCUUUGCAGAGCCGCUGUACGACUUCUGGGAGAUGGUGAAGUAUUUAAUCAGGUGGAAAGCACCCAAAUGCUCCAUGUUGUGCUGUGUCACACUCAACGUGUUAUUCCUGACACUCAGUGAAGCUGGCUGGUUCAUCCUGUUUGCAGUAUUUAUCUCUACCCCUGCUUUACUGGGGUAUUUGCAGGAUUGCUGCCAGGAGCAGCUCACUGAGCAGGCCCUUGUGAGACGGAAAAGUCACAGUGUCCGGAGAGAGGAUCUUCAGAAGGUCAAAAUCACCAGACAGGAAGCUCUGGUAGAAAUCAAAACUUUUUUAGUUCACUUGGAUGAGAUGCUGAAUAAGACCUGCAACAGUUGCGAGGCUGCAUAUCGAGUCCUGUACUGGGAGGAUCAUUCGCUGUCUGUCCUGUUUUACGGGAGCCUGUUGGGAACACUUUCCGUCUUUUACCUGCUCCCACUCUGUUGGGUCAUGGUUCUCCUGAACAGCGUGUUAUUUCUGGGAAAUGCUGAUUUUUACAGGGUUACUACUGAUUACAAGGGAGCUUUACUGCAGAAUUUUAGAUCAAACACUGAGAUUGAAGCGGAGGUGGCUGCAGUGUCAGAUUCGGAAGGAGGUUUAAACCAGGACAUAACUCCAACUGCAAGUACCCCAGAGGAAGUAACCCCGGGAAACCUGGAGGAGCCUGAGGAGCCGGAGGCAGAAGAUGAAUUCAAAGAUGCAAUAGAGGAGGAUGACGAUGGUCCCCAGUGCGGUGGGGAUUACGAUCUGACCAUGCAGGACAAUGGAUUUUUUAAUAAAAACGAGCCCAUCAGGAGCAAAGUUUCGAAGCUGACUGAGAAACUGCGGAAACGUUAUCCCACCAACAACUAUGGAAAUUGUAACAGCUGCAGUGCCACGUUUUCAGUCCUGAAGAAGCGACGUAACUGCAGCAACUGUGGCAACAGCUAUUGUUCGAGAUGCUGUUCAUUUAAAGUUCCCAAAUCGUCAAUGGGAGCAACUGCACCAGAUGCCCAACGGGAGACUGUCUUUGUGUGCGCUCAAUGCCAUUACAUCUUGAGCAAAUAGGACGAGGCAUUCAUUCUUUCUUUUCCCCCUCCCCUUUUAAAUGUAAAUUUUAUUUUUACAUUUUAAAUAAAAUGUACUGUAUCUGAAAACUGGAGAGGACAGAGAUAGACAUGAGAGAUCUGUGCUUGCUAAUGGGCUCCUCUGUAUUAAGGGAUUAGGGCUACAAUCUAGCUAUGAAAGGAAAGCUUUCUGGUAUCAAUGUUCAUUUGUCAUAUAAAAUAAUAUAUAAUAUAUAUAUAUAUAUAUAUGUAUCCUCACCUCUAAAUACUGCCUUCUACUGUAUAUAUUGUCAGAUUAGACCUUUUGUUUUGUAUAGAGUGCGAUGUCAAACACUAUUUAAAGAGCUAGUAAAGCUCUCCGAGUCCUCAUAAACCAUGUUUCUUAAGAUUGUAUUUUAUGCUUUCCCUUUAGUUUGAUAUCUGUGGUGCAAGUCUAAUACUUUCUCAAUAAAA